GAUUUGGUAGAGGGGGAGAAAAUUGUUAAUAUUGAUGAUGAUCAUGUGGAUCCUCAGCUUUGUGCAUCGUUUGCUUGUGAUAUCUACAAGCAUUUGUGUGCUUCUGAGGCAAAGAAAAGACCAUCCACAAACUUCAUGGAGAAAAUUCAGAAGGAUAUAAAUCCCAGCAUGCGUGCUAUAUUGAUUGAUUGGCUAGUGGAGGUGGCUGAAGAAUAUAGACUUGUACCAGAUACAUUGUAUUUGACAGUAAACUACAUAGAUCGGUAUCUCUCUAGGAAUGCGAUGAAUAGGAAACAAUUACAAUUACUUGGAGUUGCUUCUAUAAUGAUUGCCUCUAAAUAUGAGGAGAUUUGUGCACCUCAGGUGGAGGAGUUUUGUUAUAUAACGGAUAACACAUACUUCAAGGAAGAGGUUUUGCAGAUGGAAUCUACUGUCUUGAAUUUUUUGAAAUUCGAAAUGACUACCCCAACAAUUAAAUGCUUCCUAAGAAGAUUUGUACGUGCAGCUCAGGGAAUUGAUGAGGUCCCUUCACUACAACUAGAGUGUUUGACAAACUACACUGCCGAAUUAUCCCUUUUGGAGUAUAGUAUGCUUUCUUACACUCCAUCACUUAUAACAACUUCUUCAAUUUUCCUGGCAAAAUUUAUGCUAUUCCCUUCUACGAAACCAUGGAAUUCAACAUUGCAGCAUUACACUCAAUACCAAACAUCUGAUUUGUGUGCUUGUGAAAAAGAUCUCCAUCAUCUUUGUUGUAACAGCCCUAAUUCUAAUUUGCCUACAAUUAAGGAGAAAUACAAUCAGCACAAGUACAAGUAUAUGGCCAAGAAGUAUUGUCCUUCAUCAAUACCCCAAGAGUUUUUCCAUAAUUGAGCAGAGUUGAAAUGUUGAACGUCCAAUUUCCAAUUGGAAAGCAGUAGAUCAACACAAAGGGCUUCUUGUAUCUGCUUUAAUUGAUAUG